AUGAACUACGGCAGGCUCCGACCCUCCGACCCCGGCGGUUCCGACCGCCACGUGGACCCCGACUCCUCCAGCAGCCGCAACAGCACCCUCCGCCUUGUCCUCCUCGCCAUCCUCUCCCUCGCCCUCCUCCUCUCCGCCGCCGCCUCCGCUACCGUCCUCCUCCUCAAGCUCCGCCCGGGCGGCCGGUCCGGCCCAAACCUCACCCCCACGAGCGCCAUCUCCCGCACUUGCGGCCUGACACGGUACCCGGCCCUCUGCCUCGACGCGCUUGCGGCGUUCCCCGCCGCCAAGGCCGCGAGCGACCAGGACCUCGUCCACAUUUCCUUCAACGUCACGCUGCAGCGGUUCAGCAGGGCCCUCUACGUAUCGUCGACCAUAGGUCACCUCCCGAUGGAGCCGCGCGUGAGGUCGGCGUUCGACGACUGCCUCGAGCUCCUCGAUGACUCCGUCGACGCCCUCCGCCGCUCCCUCUACUACGUCAACCCCCGCGGUGCCAAGUCCUCGUCCGGGUCGGCUCAGGACGUGGUGACGUGGCUGAGCGCGGCGAUGACCAACCAGGACACGUGCACGGAGGGUCUCGCCGACGUGUCCGGGGGAGUGAAGGAGCUGAUGUCGGCGAGGCUGAGGGACCUGUCGGAGCUGGUGAGCAACUGCCUGGCUAUAUUCUCGGCGACGUCCGGCGAGGACUUCGACGGCGUGCCGAUACAGAACAGGAGGAGGAGGAGGUUGAUGGGAAACUCCGACGGGGACGAGAUGCCGUGGUGGCUGGGGAAGAAGGAGAGGAGGUUGCUGCAAAUGCCGGUGACGGCGAUACAGGCGGACGUGACGGUGUCGAAAGACGGGAACGGGACGUGCACGACGAUCUCGGAGGCCAUCAAGAAGGCGCCGGAAUACGGUACCCGCCGGUUCAUCAUUUACGUGCGAGCUGGGAGGUACGAGGAAGAUAAUCUGAAGGUCGGGAGGAAGAAGACGAACCUGAUGUUCGUAGGGGACGGGAAGGGCAAGACCGUCAUUUCCGGCAGCAAGAGCGUCUUCGACAACAUGACGACCUUCCACACCGCGUCCUUCGCUGCCUCGGGAGCCGGGUUCAUCGCUCGGGACAUCACGUUCGAGAACUCGGCCGGGCCCGCCAAGCACCAGGCCGUGGCCCUCCGGGUCGGAGCCGAUCACGCGGUGGUCUACAGGUGCAACAUCAUCGGGUACCAGGACACCCUCUACGUCCACUCGAACCGGCAGUUCUUCCGGGAGUGCGACGUGUACGGGACCGUGGACUUCAUCUUCGGGAACGCGGCCGUCGUGUUCCAGAACUGCAGCCUCUACGCCCGCCGGCCCAUGCCCAUGCAGAAGAACACCAUCACGGCCCAGAACCGCAAGGACCCCAACCAGAACACCGGCAUCUCGAUCCACGCGUGCCGGAUCCUGGCCGCGCCCGACCUCGUCGCCUCGAACGGGAGCUUCCUCUCGUACCUCGGCCGGCCGUGGAAGCUCUACUCGAGGACCGUGUACAUGAUGUCCUACAUCGGCAGCCACGUCCACCCGCGGGGCUGGCUCGAGUGGAACGCCACGUUCGCGCUCGACACGCUCUACUACGGCGAGUACAUGAACUACGGGCCUGGCGGGUCGGUCGGGCAGCGGGUCAACUGGACCGGGUACCGGGUCAUCACGUCCCCAGUGGAGGCCGGCAAAUUCACGGUCGGGCAGUUCAUAUUCGGAUCCUCCUGGUUGCCGUCCACCGGGGUGGCGUUCUUGGCCGGACUGACCGUCUAAAAAAAAAAAAAUUUUAAAAGCCAUUGUGGGUUCUCUCUUCCCUGUGAUGUGAUGGGUAUAGUUUUGAAAAUUUUCCUUUUUUCUUGGGUAUUUUUUGUAAGCUAUACUAAUAAGAAUUCUAUAACGUCGCUGCCCAUUUCUCGUUGCCAUGUUUAG